AUGUUUUACGAACCUGGCCUUACAGAACAUGGUCUCCCCCAUGACCCUUUCAAAGCCUGCGUGGUCCCUCGUCCCAUUGGAUGGAUUUCCACCAAAAAUAAAAGUGGACAAUGUAAUCUGGCGCCAUACUCACAGUUCAAUAACCUGACGUUUGAUCCGCCGUAUGUCAUGUUUUCUUCCAACCAGACCGCCACUGGCGUGCGUAAGGACACAGUGGUGAACGCUGAAGAAACUGGGAAAUUUGUCUGGAACUUGGCAACCUGGGAUCUGCGUGAAGCGGUUAAUAUCUCGGCCGAACAGACCCCCUAUGGGACCGAUGAAUUUGAACUGUGCAAUAUCACCAAGGAGCAGGCGACACUCGUCGAUGUUCCGAUGGUAAAGGAGUCGCCCGUGAAGUUCGAAUGCGAAUACCACACGACUGUUCGACUACCAGGAAAUCCACCCAUGGGGACCGUCGAUAUCGUCAUUGGAAAGGUUAUCGGGGUUCAUAUCGCCGAUGAAGUACUCACGGAUGGAUUGCUGGAUAUUAAGAAAACACAACCGAUCGCUCGCUGCGGGUAUUAUCAGUAUACCGUUGUUCGCGAUACAUUCGAGAUGGUAAUUCCAAAUAUGUCGGCGGACGUUCUAUAUGGCUUGGAGGGCAAUGCGGCUCGUAAUCGCCAGAAGAACAAGGAGAAUGAGGAGAGUUCUAACAAUUAG